CUUCAGGUAACAGGGGGAACAGAGACGACCCACCCAGUGAAGCCUCGAGAAUCCCCGGGCCACACCCAUACUCCCCAGUUCCUCCCCAGAAGCCCUACGCCAACGGGUCCUACUCGCCUCACAGCACAGUCAACGGGAACGCUUCCGCCGCGGCAGGAGCGGGCGCAAGGGACACGCACCGCCAGAUCUCCAAGGUCCGGCGGUUCCUGACGACCCUGCACCAGUUCGCGGCCGACAUCUCGCCGGAGGUGGGCGACCGCGUGCGCCACCUCGUGCUGGGACUGCUGAGCGGCGGGGUCAGCGUCGAGGAGUUCCACGGAGGCCUGCAGGAAGUCACGCAUUUCCCUCUUCGCCCGUUUGUGCUGCCGUUCCUGCGCUCGCACCUGCCCCUCCUGCAGCGCGAGCUCCAGAGCCUGGCUCGGCGGGCGUCCAUGCCCGUGUCGCAGUACGUGGCCGUGCACGAGGCAGCGCUCCUGGAGGCUGCGGCGGGCGAGCCCACCGACUUCUUCUCCUCGGAGGUCACCAGCGGCAAGCGGCGCCAUGAAGGGUACUUCGAGAAUUGUCCCCGCCGCCCGCCAAGCGCCUGGGCAUCUUCUCGCCGCCGUACCCGAGCGUGGGCAUCAGCCCCGACCUGCCCGCGCAUGCCAGGGACUACCGCACGCCCGCGCCCCCGCCGGACGACGAGUGGAAGAACAUUCAUGUGAUGCUGACCUGCAUUCUGAGCAUGGUUGAGAAGACGCGGCGAGCGCUGACGAUGCUGCAGCAGAAGGAGGACCGCGACGGGGCCGGCGGGGCGCAGAGGAUGACCGCCGUUGGGGCCACAGACCUCCGCCAGAGGGCCGACUACGACGCCGAAGUGCGGCGUCACGCGGCGGAGCUGGUGGCGCAGUCCAUCCGCACGACGGAGGAGCGCGUCUCCGAGGUCAAGCGGAAGGCAGAGGAAGCCGUGUCCGAGGUCCGGCGCGCGGCAGUGGCCGAAGUGCAACGAGCGGUGGGCGCGGCGGAGGCGCGGGCGCAGGAAUUAGUGGCGGCAGAGAGGGCAAAGGUCGAGGCCUUGCUGCGGGAGGUCGGGCGGCGGGACCCCUCGGAGCCUCGGACGGAACCCCAGCAGGCGUGCUGGAACUGCGGCAGGAAGGCCCAUGAGACCUGCAGUGGGUGCAACGUGGCCAGAUACUGUGGACCCUUCUGCCAGCACAAGGACUGGGACUCGCACCACAAGGUCUGCUCGCCCGCGCUAGCCCACCGCCAUCAUUGCAGCCCUUGCUUCGAAAAACAAGUUCAGCAAAGGCGCGGAGGCGGCGAAGACCGAGUGACGUAUGGCCGAGUCAUCACUGAGGAGGAGAUUUCGAAGAAAGACGAGGAUCUUUUAAAUUCUUGUCAAAGACUAUGAUGAGGAAAUUUGCGGUCGAAACGUCACUUUCAGAAAUUUUUGUGUCGCAUAUCAAACAUGUCAAGUUCAUAUUUUCACAGAGGUUAGUAAGUUUCAUGAUAAUUCAUUGUGAUGUUUCAGUGUUUACUUUCUAAAGGCUGUCAAGAUAUUGGCUACGAGCUGUAUUUUUUUUACAGUGAAUCAAGGCAAAUGAGCAGAUAUAAGUAACCCUGCAGUGUUAAAAGAUGAUCUUACAACCUUUUGGAAGCUUCAUAGGGAAGAAUAAAGAGCUUUAACUUUCUCAAGGUGACAUUUGGAACAUUUAUGGAAAUUGAUAAAGAUAAAGCUUAAUCAUAACAGACCCUCAGAGAGAAGCACAGCCUUCAGAUAAUGAGCUGUCGUGUGUGCCAUUGACAAGCGAUGUGCAUCGUGCAAGGUGCUGCUGAUCUGGAGAGGAAUUCCGUUGAAUUUAUUUAUUUUGGUAAUCAUAUAACAAUAAGCAUAAAACUGCAUUAUCGCAAUUUUCAAGUGCAUAUUGCAGAUAUAAAUGCUGUGUGAAACCAUACAAGACUGGAAUACCAUGGGUUACACCAGUGUUGCCAUAGCUGUGCAUUACUCGAUGGAACACGUUUUGUCUGAUGACUAGAUGAUUUUUAAAAAAUGGACUUUCAUUUGGUCUUGUAAUUGACCUUUCAGACGUAUGGGCAGGUAACCUUUUUUUUAAGGUUGCUGUCGCUGGACCUCGUAGAUUGUUUUAAAAGAAAUCUUUAGAGAAUAAAUAUUUGCGUGAAAAUUAAGCAGAAGUGGCAGCAGGGCAGAAAUCCUGCGUCCCAAAAUGUCAGACAGAUAGUCUUACCUUUGAAGUAAGAACCAUGCGUGUGAUCGAGUUACUUGUAAAUACUUACACUUUAAAAUCAGUACAAAUGUUGAGCCAGAGGACAGAAGUGUCAUUUAUGAACUUGUGUUAUUACCCUGUGAACCAAAGACUGUAGAGAUAGACAAGUUAUAUUAGACCUGCUGGUGGGAUGUUCUUGGCGAGAGAUUUCCCAGUGAAUUCUGUACAUUCUAGCUGGCAAUAAGGAUUUCAGUGCAUGGUAGCAUAACUUCACUAGCAUAAUUUUUAUGUGUCUAGUCAAAAUGUAAAUGAAUGUUCAUGACAAAGCCUAGAUUUUCAGUGUUUGGAAGCUUGAAAACCAUCAUACUCUUUUGAUAUCCAAAAGUCAGUUAUUCCAAUCCUAUGAGUCCAUGAUAAAAAAAUAAAAACUUACUGAAAUAUCCUAUUUAUUACACUUUUGUAAGAUGUACUAAAAUUAUUUCUGAAGCAGUUUUUAUACAAAAAGUCAACGACAGAUAUAUUAAACCUUAAGAUACAAACUAUAAUAAGAUUUCAGUAAGUUUGCCUCGGGUCCUUCUUAAUGCCAAAGCCAACCCAUCUGUUGAUGCGCUCAGCUGUGGUCCAUUCAGAUGCCAAUGAUAAAACACCUCACCAGUGCAGUGAACAGCAUUUGUGUAGAUUGCCUUAAUCGCAUUUGUGUGCUACUUUGCAAAUGGGUUUAAGCUAGACAAAUUGUUGGUACAAGACAUGACUGCAUGUACAUCACUUUGUAAUUGGCCAGUAAACAACUGUUACAUUUUCAUUUUAGUGUUAUAUUAUGCUCCAUUUGCUUUACUAUUAUCAGUAACUAAGUUGAAAAUUAUUUUCAAGUGGUUAUGUAACGCAUUGUUAAAGAUUAUAUAUAGAGACUGUUUAUUAUUUAUUAACUUGCCAGCAGAUUUAUUGUGUUGAAUACAUCUGUGGAACAUUCUGCAUCACUUGAUCUUGCAGUUGUACUGAAGGAGUCCACCAAAGCUUUGAAGACUUCCGGAAUGUAAAUUUAAUGUCUAUAAAUUUCCACAAUCCACUGUCUCUAGAACACAUAUGUCUGUUAAAUCAUGUGUAUUGUAUACCAGUGUCCUACUUGUUUUGUAAAUAUAUCAUGUUUUAUCAUAAA